UUGUAGAGAUAGAAUUCGACCUUUUAACUUAAUUUUCAUUAAUAAAACAUAAAUUAGUUGUUCCGUCCAAAAACAAUUUAUAUAAGGAUUACUAGGAAGUUAAAUUUAAAAAUAUUAUGUUCACAAGUAACAUACGCAUAAAAGAAUAACUAUUUCUACUAUCACAAUUGCUGCUAUGUUAAACAUAAUGGUUUUACUACUGUUCCUGGUGUGUUUAUUGGCUCAAGAUGCGUUUUGUAAUAACAUUACGUAUCGUUACACUAUCGGACUACUUCAUGAAAAUGGAUUGAAGAGAGAGAGAAUAGAUGAUACAGCUCUGGCUGCAAGUUCUAAGGAAUUUCAAAUACAUGUCGAACCCUUACACAUAGAACCUGAUGAUGCUUUUGAGUGCUUAAAUUCGACAUGUCACUUUAUUCUGAGGUAUCCAACGGUGGCAAUAUUUGGACCUACCUCGAAAAUUAACGUGGACGCAAUCCAGAGCCUUUGCAGUGCUAGAAAUAUCCCUCAUGUUUUAACCGAUUAUGUGGAUUCGCUUCAUGGCGAUACCCAAAUUAAUUUUUACCCUCACAUUGACCUAUUGAUGAAUGCGUACAUGGAUAUACUCUCUAGUAUGGACUGGAACCAAUUUACAUUUGUAUAUACGUCUAGAUAUCACACACCAUGGAUUAAAUUUAUUGAAAAGGCACAAAGUCAAGGCUAUGUCUUUGAUACUGAAUUCAUAGAUCUGAAUUUUGAUCAGGAAAGGAGCAUCGUCCAAAAAUUAAAGAAUACUGGUAAAACAUAUUUUGUAGUAGACUGCCUUGAGAAAGAUACAGUGAAUGUGUUGCAUCUCUUUCAAAAUUUUGGUAUGGUUACCGAGGGUUAUCAUUACUUUUUCACUAGUAUAGACACCUUCAAUGGAAGCAUAUUGAAUUUUAAGUUUAGUGGAGCAGAAAUUAUCAGGCUGCAGUUAGUAAAUUCUAAUGCAUAUGAGGCUCUUCUAUCCAAAUCUUGGGAAUUAUCAUAUUUACCAACAAUAUCAGAAUUUUUAACUUUUGAUGCGAUUGAGAUGCUCGCAAAUGCCUUGAAAAGUUUAAAACCAGUUGAAAACGAAAGUGUAAAUUGCGAGGAUGGCACACAGUGGGAACAUGGUGAAUCAGUUGUGAAACAAAUAAUUUCUAGUUCGUACACUGGAUUGACAGGACCAAUAAACUUUGGAUCCGAUAGAUAUAGAAAUACAUUCACAUUAUUCAUCAACGAGCUGAAGCCUCAUGAUAUGGUGGAAAUUGGAAUUUGGAACACAUCGAAUGGGUUUAAAUACACAAAACCAUUUAGUCAUGAAGAAACUGUGGAUGACUGGAAAAGCAACCCAUUGGUGGUGGCUACAUCGCUGACAGAACCUUACGCUAUGGAAAAACAAUCAGCAAGUACCUUGCAAGGGAAUGAUAGAUAUCAAGGUUUUGCCAUAGAUUUAAUAGAGGAAAUAUCAAAAAUACUAAAUUUUACGUACAUUAUUGUAAUAGGAAAUGCGACUGGUAGACCAGAUUAUGGAGAGUGGACAGGAAUGAUUGGAGACGUUCUAACGAAGAGAGCAGAUUUAAUAAUAUCAGAUGUGACUGUCACAUACGAAAGAUUAGGUGCUGUGGAAUUUACACUUCCAAUCAUGUAUACUGGUAUAACCAUUCUAUUUCAAAAACCCAUGGCCACGCCACCAAAGUUAUUUGACUUCGCUAAGCCUUUCUCUGCAGGAAUUUGGGUAGCAAUAGUCGCAGCAUUUGUGACGGUAUCAAUAAGCUUGUUUAUCGUUGGAAGAAUGUGUAACAGCGAAUGGCAAAAACUGAACGUUACUUCGAAAUACAGCACUAGUCAACUAACCUUCCCAAACACGGUUUGGUUUGCUGCCGGAAGUCUCUUUCGGCAAAAUACUCGAGUAAAAAUAAGAUCCAUUCCAGGUAGAAUUAUAGCGGCAACGUGGUGGUUACUUUGUCUGGUAGUGAUAGCAAUGUACAUAGCUGCACUAAUAUGUUACAGGGAGGAAGAUUUCGAUAUGCUCUUCUCUGAUGUAAAAAGUCUUGUUAAAAAUGCAAAAGAACAUGACAUCAAGUAUGGAGCUAAGAAAGAUGGAGCUACAAUGCAGUUCUUUGGGUCAUCUGCAGAACCUUUGUACCAGGAAAUAUACCAACAUAUGAUUGAAAAUGACGAAGAAAUGGUGUCAACAAUUGGGGAUGGCGUACAAAUGGCAUUAGAUAGCAGAUACGCAUUUUUAGGUGAGGAAACCACAAUCGAUUAUAUAACAGAGAGGUACUGCCAACUAACAAAAUAUGGUGGCCUUAUUAACGAAAACUCGUUUGGUAUCGCAAUGAGGCCUGGUUCACCCUACUUGACUGCGUUUAAUACGGCAAUCUUAAGGUUAACCAGUAUGGGUAAACUGGAGGAACUGAAGAGAAAAUGGUGGAUGCAAGGAAAUUGUGCUAGCGAAGAACCUGAAGCCGCCCCUCUCUAUGUAUACAACAUUUUAGACCUUAUACAUCUUACUCUGUUUGGCGUAGCUCUGGCAGCAGUCAGUGCAAUAGUGGAACUUCUUCUCCACGUUCUCAAAAAAAGCAAGAAACUAAAUGUUGGUUUCUCUAAAAUCCUCAAACUGGAGGUUCAACAAUGUUUUAAGAGAAACACGAAGUCAGUUAUUGAUCGCAAUUUAAUCACUAAGCCUGUCCCUGAAAACGAGGAUAAUGGGAGAACAUCUGAGGCUAUAGAAUUAUCGUAGGGUUUGACUUAACAGCUGUACGAAAUAUGUGCUUAAUACUUGUGUUUGUUGUUACAAUAAAGUAAAAUUUGUUAUUUAUUCCAUACAUUAAAAUGGUUUAAUGACCAUCCUACAGUCCACUGUGUUUUUAAUUUAUAUUAUUAUUAUGUCAUGGGAUAUUAUUGCGUUAC